AUGUUGACGAGAUGUCAAAGCAGAAUAUACUCAUCAUCAUUGUCAGUAUAUGUUUCUGUAUUUUUGAGAGAAGAGAAACUUAAAGUUGAUGGGACUUUAGAGUUCAUUAAAAGAAUCGUGAAAAAGGAAUCACUAGUCAAUCAGCAAGUUAUCACACAAAAGUCAAUCAAAAAUAAUUUUAGCAGGCAAAUUUGGCCACUAGAUGGAUUAAGGAAUAUUUAA